ACUGUAAGUUGGUGCGGUGGACCCAGUUGGAAACAAGCAGACUUUUCUUUUCAGGAGCCCAACGGUCGCUGUUGGUCUUGUGGCUGACUGACUUCAGUUGGAAAGGGGCAGGAUGUCCAACAACAUGGCCAAGAUUGCAGAUGCUCGAAAGACGGUAGAACAACUGAAACUGGAGGUCAACAUAGAGAGGAUGAUGAUAUCCAAAGCAGCAGCUGAUCUGAUGGCCUACUGCGAAGCUCAUGCCAAAGAGGACCCCCUGGUGACACCAGUACUUUCCUCUGAGAACCCGUUUCGAGAGAAGAAAUUAUUCUGUGAAAUACUAUAAAAAGAUAAAUGUCUUAGCUAUUUUAAUUUCAGCUGUAAUGACAAACAACGAGAAAACUUUCAUUUUAUAGAAUAAUUUUUUUGUAAUUACAGUAGCUCUUUGGUGACUAACUUUACCUGAGGAAUGAUCAUUUGACCAAGACAAUGACGACAAUAAAGAUUUAUCAAAAGUGGGUGCAAAGUUCAUUGAGACGGGCCGGCACUG